UGUUAAUGUUGCAUAAGAAGAGAGAUGGUACCACUUCUACCUGACAUAUUAAGGUUAAGGGUUUCCGAAUUACAUCCCUCACUACCAUCCUUGGCUCCUUUUCAAGGGGAAAAUAGGUCAAGGAUGUUCUGAAGAAUGCAACUGACUCGGCGACCGAAGUAGCGGAAAAAUGCAAGAGGAGCAGAGCUACCUGACAUAUUAAGGGCUUUUGUCAACGACCGCCAAGAUGCCGCGAACAGUCCGAGGAGUAGGACCAGGACCGCCACGAGUUGCG